AUUCACAAGUAACUCGGCGCCGGCGGGUAAACUUCGGUGCAAGAUCUCUGGUCUAACUUAGAGUUACUAGCUCGAAUUUAUACGGCUACAAGUGGAAAAGUGUGAAUAUGAGGGCUUUUCUGUACAUAGUCGUCGUUGCACUCGCUUCUGAUGCGGUCCGCUGUUUAUAUUUACCGGGAGCAGAGUUUGGUGGGCUAAGAAGUUCUGCAUCCUCACUCUCACGCUUCGCCCGAGUGAGGCGUUUGCCCAGACCUUCACAUCGAGUGAUUGACCCAAAUGAAGACUGUUUUCUGGUAACAUCGGACGAGGGGGAGCUGUUUUUUAAGUCACCCUCUGAUGAACCCUCCGUAUGCGGUAUCUAUAUGAUAGCGGAACCAGACAAGAAGAUUGAGGUCGUCUUCAAUUACCUUGAUGUGCCGUGCGAUAAUGGAGGACUCGUUGCGUGGAUCGACGGUUGGGAGCUUAAUGGUCAGGUGUGGCCUGCAGAUUCUUGGGACGAUGACAGGCUUGUUGAAUCUUGUGACAAACGACCAAACCGGAAACUCGUGUCUCGUCAAAAUGCAGCUCUCAUACAAUAUCGCGUGCCAGCUCAAGGAAAAGGUUUCGCGGUCACUAUUCGCCACGUACGGAAUGCUAGACCUUGUAAUGUGAUGCUGUUCGGUACCGAGGGUGUUUUCACUCUGCGCAAUCAUGGAGAAACGGGGAAUUGUACCUUAAUAACAGUUUCUCCAUCGACGGUCCAAGUGUUAGACUUGAAUGUUGGGCAAACUGCUAAAAAAGGACGGCUGUUGGAAUUGGAAACAGGGACGAUUCAUCAUUGCACAAAGCGAGGCUUGCCUGACCAUGUGGACAUUGGGGGCGCAAGCGGUCUGGAUCACACCAAAAUGGAGGUGUUCGACAGUUUGUGUGGACUCGAUUCUAAUGAAGCUCGUCGAGCAUCGUUGAUCGCGUGCGAAGACACUGUAGCACGACUCGUCUCCAGCGGGAAAUAUCACAACUCCAUCACUUUGGCUUUUACUCCACUCUCACUGGACGACAUCGAACAUGCAGACCUUAUAUGCGGACUUAAUGACCUCUAAAUCUGACCUGUCUUGAACAAUUGAAAAAUGAAUAUUAAACCCUUCGAUGUACGCUAUUAUGCUUUUGAUUCAAAUAUGAAGUCACAAAAAAUAACCUGAUAGAAAACAUGAAAUCGUUGUUUAAUUCCAAUUUCACUACUAAAAAAUAAUUUCAGUAACCUAAAGAUUAUUAUUAUUAUUCGUUCAAAUAUACGAAAUUAUAAUUAUAGUAUUCUAGAUGUAAGUUCCGUAGUUUUACAAUUUCCUAUUCAAUCGACACUUUCUAAGUAAGCCAAGGUAGAUCUAUUGCAAUUUGCUAUUGAAAGUGCAUUAUUUUAGAAAGGUUGGACAAAUAAUGCUAUUUUAAAGUAGGUAUUUGUAAUAUGAAUUCAAAUUCAAUAAAGGUUUUUAGGGAAGAAAAAUUUUCAGAUUGCUCAGAAAUGGAAAGUUAGGCAAGAUAUCGUUGAUCAAAUAUCCUAUCACGGUAAGUAAUCAAUUUUGACAUUCUAAGGCUGUGAGUGCACCAUUAUUAUAAUCAACCUAUAAAAACAAAUCACCACAAUUGCAGUCAAAACGAGAGGUGCUAUAUUUUUUUAUAAAAAGCAGUUAAAGACGUUCAGUAUAUGUUUUCAAUAUUAAAAUGCGGUAUUAUAAACGUAAAAAUUUGUCAUCUACUUGAAGUGAAAUAUGCCAAGAUCUGUACUUAACACAAACGAAUAAUAUUAUAUACGAUGGUAUAAAGUUGUUUCAUUCUACCUUCAUAACUAAGGAUCAAAUCAUAAAAUUGCUGCUUCAUACAAUACGCUAAGUCAAAGUUAGUGAGCUUAAGUUGCAGUUGUAUUGGACUCGCAAAAGAAACUUAUCUACACACACAUACACGUUUGUGGUUUAUGUAUUAUUUAUGUAUCAAUAUUUCAGCAAGUUAUAUUCUAAUAUGGAUAUACAACAGUUCAAUACUAAUUGCAUUGGAAUAUUUUGUAAAGUAAAUCUUUAGAACUACUUUAGUUUACGUAGAUUGUGUCGAAAUUAAGAUACUGAAAGAAAUAUUGAACUUAUAGAUGUAACUUAUAUCAAGUUUUAGGUAAUUGGUUUCUAAAUGGAGCCGAACUUACGACUAACUUAUUUUGAUUUUUUUUUUGCAGCUCUAAUACUGUAACCAAUAAUUUGUAAUACAUAAUAAUAUAAACAAUAUUUUUACCAUUUGUUUACAUUUAAGUUGCGAGUAUUCGAUACUAACACAGUUUCUAAUCUUUACGGGAACUCGAUCAGAAAAGACAAUGUUAAAGUAUUAGACCACAAGAAUAUUACAAAAGAUCAAGAUUUGUUAUCAUCCACGACCACGCCCCUCAAAUGUACCGUUAAGUGAUAUAUGGUAUAUUUUUUCCACGAUUUUGCUGUACAAAAAUAAUCCCAUUUUAUAAAAUAACACUUUAAUUAUAACAAAAUUAUUUGGUGCAUUCGAAAUACUCUCGUCAUUGUAUUUUGUCUUGUGAUUUAGAUAUGAUAUAGAUUUUAGUGAAGUUAAUAAAUAAAUGUGUAUGUAUGUCAAA